UUUUUUUUUUUUUUUUUUUUGAAAAUGUCGGUUUAGGUAAACAAGUCAAGCCCCAUCCGCUAUUUUAUGGGUAGUGCCCUCACAGCAACAAUUCCAACUUUCAUCCAUCAAUGAGGCACCGGGGAUGUUUGAUGAAAUUCCGGAUAAGGACACCAUACAUGCAAAAGCUCUGUCAGCCUAUAUCGAGGUUAGGCUGCGGGUGAGGUAAUAUUACAUUGAUCUGUAUUUAUAACAUCGAAAAUGAGGUAUUUCUGUAUUAGUGGAAUUGAACAAGGAGAAGAGACAGAUAUAAUUUGCUGACAACUACGUCAUUGCUGGUUUACCUGAUCGAAAUAGAUAAUGAGUAGUUUGCAUCCUGGAUUUGAUACGUGGGUUGAGAAACAGGACUCAAAUGUAUAGUAGAAAAAAGAUGUUGAAUUCCAGAGAGCAUCAUUCGAGAAUAUAGUCUUCACCACGUCUUAAGCUUAUCCCUCCAAAGCACCUUAGUUUUCCUUCAUAACAAGCAUGUCCAGCUUCUUUUCUUUUCUUUUUUCCGGACCUUUAGCUAGUCCUUCAUCAGAUUAUCUCAAAUUUAUUAGACACUGUUAUUAAAACAGAUAACCACAAACAAACAAUGUUCAGUUUGCACCCUUUGCUGACUAGUUGGAAGACAUGACCAUGUGUCAACCUAAUGAGAUAUUAGAACCGACUACUAGGCCUUCCAAUUCACCACAUAUCGAGCCUUAUUUAUUGUCCCGUCAUUUGAGAACAUAGACUUCACCCCGUCUUAAGACUGUCCCUCCAAGUCACCUUAGUUUUCCUUCAUAACAAGCAUGUCCAGCUUUUUUUUUUUCCCGACCUUUAGCUACUCCAUCGGAUUUUCUCAAAUUUGUUGGACACUGUAAUUAAAACAGAUAACCACCAUGUUCAAUUGCACUUAUUUGCUGACGAGUUGGAAAACAUGACCAUGUGACAUCCUAAUGAGAUAUGUCAUGACUAGAUUGUCCCAGCAAAUGCCUCUUGUCCACUCACACCAAAUUAACAGUCUUUUUCAUGUGCCAUGUCCAUCUAUAAAUACAUAUAUAUCUGUGGUCACUACCAACUCAAGCCUUCACAUUCUUAAAAAUAUUGCAUUUGCUUGCAAGAACAAAUCUUCAAAGAUCCCUUUCUUCCUUUUAUUCUGCAAAUAUACCAAACCAUGGGAGUUCGUUUCCCGAGUGCAUCUCUUGCUAAGCAAAUUCUCCGCCGCUCUGCUUUGACUGCAACUAGAGCAGCUUCUACAUCCUCAGAUGUACCAAGAGGCUUCUUUGCAGUUUAUGUUGGAGAGAAUCAGAAGAAGCGGUUUGUGGUUCCUGUGUCCUAUUUGAACCAGCCUUCAUCUCAAAAUUUGCUAAGAAAAGCUGAAGAAGAAUUUCGGUUUCAUCAUCCAACAGGUGGUUUGACAAUCCCAUGCAGAAUAGACACCUUCAUCAAUGUCACUUCUCACUUGAGCAGUUCACAAGAGAGGUCAAACUGUCCAUGAGACAAUUUUGUAAAGCAGGAAUUGCCAAUACAUUGUAGAUUUUUUCUUUUUCUUUUCUUGUGUUCUAAGUAGAAAAAUGGGAUUACAACAAUCUCCCCAUUUGAAAAAAAUGUAAGCCGGGUCCAUUGAUUCAUAGUGGAAAUCAAGCAAUUGCAUCUCUACCUCAUGGCUGCUUUUUCAAGGAUGAGCCAAAAUCUUUAAAUAAA